AUGCGGCUGAGAACAGUCGGGCAGAAGGUCGUGCGGCGGAUGAGGAGCCUAGCGCUGGCCAUGGGGUACGGGGAGUGGAAGAGCCGGUGGGAGGAUGCCAGGAGGUACAGAGACGUCGUCGGGAAGACGGCGCGGCGGUGGAGAUACGCGCUAGCAGGAUCAGCAAUCGGACGGUGGAGAGAGAGCGCAGGGGAAGGCAUGCGGCUGAGAACAGUCGGGCAGAAGGUCGUGCGGCGGAUGAGGAGCCUAGCGCUGGCCAUGGGGUACGGGGAGUGGAAGAGCCGGUGGGAGGAUGCCAGGAGGUACAGAGACGUCGUCGGGAAGACGGCGCGGCGGUGGAGAUACGCGCUAGCAGGAUCAGCAAUCGGACGGUGGAGAGAGAGCGCAGGGGAAGGCAUGCGGCUGAGAACAGUCGGGCAGAAGGUCGUGCGGCGGAUGAGGAGCCUAGCGCUGGCCAUGGGGUACGGGGAGUGGAAGAGCCGGUGGGAGGAUGCCAGGAGGUACAGAGACGUCGUCGGGAAGACGGCGCGGCGGUGGAGAUACGCGCUAGCAGGAUCAGCAAUCGGACGGUGGAGAGAGAGCGCAGGGGAAGGCAUGCGGCUGAGAACAGUCGGGCAGAAGGUCGUGCGGCGGAUGAGGAGCCUAGCGCUGGCCAUGGGAAUGGCACAGAGAUAUUAUGCGGUCGUCAAGCUUUAUCUCAGAUUUUGGAUAGAGCUUUACCUCAGCAAGAAAUCUUUUGUCCACUUGGUUUCUUGCUGGAUGAGAAAAGGUUUUCAAAUAUUGGGAAAUAAGGAUGAAAGACAAUUGCAUUUUGAAAUAUGGUCUCAGAAAUCUAUUGAAAAAAAUGAUACGAAAGCAGUUGGCAAUCUCCUUUGCAACGUGGAAAUGGUGGCAACUUCAAUCCAAGAAAAAGAAUUCUAG